AAUAUAGGAACAAAAAUCACUAUGCAAAUAUAACUGUCAUGUGGACGUGUCAGUUUCAAUCUGUUGAUGCAUUUGGUAAAAAAUAUUUUAGAUAAAUGAGUAAUACGUAUUGCGUUUUUUAAAGUCGUAAAAGUGUAAAUUCGUAAAAAAACUAAGAAUGCAAUGCCAGCACGUAGACGACACGUUGGCUUGGAGCAUGGUGUAGACCAUGGUUUCGUGAUCACAACCUCAAAUAGUCCUUGGCAGGGCAGUAUCAUAAGUCAGCAGAGUUCUAAUCAUGAAAGUGAGCGGUGCGAUUUAACACAAAACUCAAAAAAGCAAGCGGACAUCGCACCAUCGACAAUGACGUCCCGCGAUAGAACUAAUGAAUUCAUUAAUGCCAUUCGGAUGAUGCAAAGCAGAACCGUGGCACGAGCGGUGAUUUCGCAAAACCCUCGUCGAGCACGUCAAUUGCAGAGUUAUUCGAAUUUUAUGAUGAUAGCUAAGAGUAUUGGAAAGAAUAUAGCGAGCACUUAUACUAAAUUAGAAAAACUUGCUUUGUUGGCAAAAAGGAAAUCGAUAUUUAAUGAUAGACAAGUGGAAAUAGAGGAAUUAACAAAUAUUAUAAAAACAGAUUUAAAAAGUUUAAAUCAUCAAAUAGGAAAGCUGCAGGAACUUAGUAAAAAACAACGAGAAGGAUAUAGUGCAUCUCAUAGUCAUCAUGUGGCUUCACAUUCAUCUUCAAUUGUUAUGACAUUACAAUCAAAACUGGCAAAUAUGUCAAAUCAUUUUAAAAGUGUUCUUGAAAUGAGAUCAGAGAAUAUGAGAGAGGAACAAAGUAGAAGACAACAAUUUACUCAAGGUUCUGUAUCUACUUUGUUACCUCCAAGUGUUGCUGGAAAACAAGGUUCAUUGUUAUUGCAAGAAGAAACUUCUCCUUCUUCUGUAGUUAUAAAUUUGGAUUCAGCAAUGAUGCAAGCAGUUCAGGAUGAUACUGAUGCAUAUGUUCAAUCAAGAGCAGAAACAAUGCAAAGUAUAGAAUCUACUAUUGUUGAACUUGGUGGAAUUUUUCAACAAUUAGCACAUAUGGUUAAGGAACAAGAAGAAAUGGUGGAAAGGAUAGAUUCCAAUAUAGAAGAUACAGAAAUAAAUGUGGAAGCAGCUCAUGCAGAAAUCUUAAAAUAUUUUCAAUCUGUAACUAAUAACAGGUGGUUAAUGAUAAAAAUAUUCGCGGUUCUUAUAUUUUUCUUUAUAUUUUUUGUAGUGUUUUUGGCAUAAAAUAAUUAUUACAUUAUUAUUAUGCAUAUUUCUUUAUGCAAAUUUAUAGUUGACCAUCCAUAUCCAUUAAUUGUGAUAUAAGAUGAUCGAAGAACAAGACGAAUUUUUAUAAAAUUAUGACUCAUUAGUUAUAGAGUAAUAAUAUAAUCAUUGCAUUCCUUGACCUCCGUUGAAAUGUGAAUACUGUAAGUAUUACUUAUUAAAAGGUCCAUCAAUGUAGACAAAGGAGCUACAUUGUUUGUAAAAUGUAAAAAGAAAACUAUGAAUAAUAAAUGUAUAAUUUUCAAUGCUUGG